GGGCCCCGCCGGACCAUGUGAGGAGCCCCGACGGGGCGAGCGGGGCCUCCCCGGCCAGGGGGCACUUGCGGAGCCCCGCGCCCGCCCACCCACCAUGGGGGAUUUCUACGACCCGGAGCACCCCACGCCGGAAGAAGAAGAAAAUGAGGGCAAACCUGAAACGGUGCCGAGAGCUGGUUUUAUCAAAGGCCCUGUGUUCAAAGGCGUCGCCUCGAGCCGCUUUUUGCCCAAAGGCACCAAAACCAAGGUUAACCUUGAGGAGCAAGGAAGACAAAAAGUGUCUUUCAGCUUUAGUUUAACCAAGAAAACUUUACCCAAUCGAUUCCUGACUGCUCUGGGAAACGAGAAACAAAAUGAAACUCCCACCCCUCCAGCGGUUCCCCUUCCCACUGAUUUUAACCCCAAAAAUAAACUGGACCUGGGGGAUGCCUCCAGUUCAGCCGAGGAAUCUUCGCCUCCAAAACCGAAGGUAGAAUUGGGGAAGAUUCAUUUUAAAAAACAUUUACUGAACGUCACGGCAAAGCCACCCCCGGCUCCGGCGGCACCGGUAACGGAACCGGUGGCCUUGGCCGUGGAUCUCCCCCCAACGCCGCCGCCUCCCCCGCCCCCUCCGCCACCGCCGGCGUCACCGCUGCCGGUUCCUGGAGCCGCGGCCCCACCGCCACCGCCGGUGACGGCGAUGCCGGCACUGCUGCUGUCGCCGCCCGGCGAAGCCGAAGCCCCCGUGCCGAGGGAGCCGAGCCACGCGCUGCCCAGGGAGGCCUUGGAGCCCGACGCCAAGCAGGAUCCGGCGUCGCGCGGCUCGGAGGAACGCGUGGCUCAAACCGCGCCCGAGCAGACGGAGAUAACCUCGCCGAAGGAAGAUUCCCAUAUUGGGAAGGAGGAUGAAGUUUCUGACAGCUCCAAAGGUGCUCCAGUGUGCUCCCGGAGGCAGGGGGCCAAGAGGAAGUUCUCGCAGUCGGACGGCGCGCUGCAGGGCUCCGAGUCCGACGAGGAUUCCGUGAGGACGUCCUCCAGCCAGCGGUCACACGAGCAGAAGAUUUCCAGCACGGAAAAGGAGAGAGAUCCCAGACGGAGCUCCACGUCCCUCCGGGGUGAUGACCUGGGCAAGUCCUCGUCGCGCUCCAGGUCGGACAGGGAUGAGAAGUACUCGAGCUAUUCCAAAUCAGAGAGAGACUCGCGGUACUCGUCCUCCCGCUCCCGCUCGGACAGAGAGAGGAGGAGAAGCCGAUCUCAUUCCCGUUCCCGCUCCGAUCGCAGCUCCCGAACCAGCUCGUCCUACUCGAGGUCGGAGCGCUCGCAUUACUACGACUCCGACCGCCGGUACCACCGGAGCUCCCCGUACCGGGAGCGGUCGCGAUAUUCCCGGUCGUACGCGGACAGCCGGGCGCGGGAGAGCUCGGACUCGGAGGAUGAGUACAGGAGGACACAUUCCAGGUCCAGCGACUCCAGGCGUACGUCCUCCCAUUCCUCCUCCUCCUACAGAGACUCGAGAUCCUCUUACUCCAAGUCGGACAGGGACAGCAAAGUGGAAUCGUCUCACGCCGACGUGGACAGGAGAGGGAGGUCGUCCUCAAAAGCGGAUCGAGAUUCCAAAAGGACUUCCGAAAGUGAAGUAUCCAAAAGGUGCUCUCCCCUCGAUGAACUGGGCUAUCGGAAGGGGUCGUCCCAUUCCAAGCCCGACAGUAAUGUGAAUUCCUCCCGCUAUAAAUCCACCCCUUCCAAGGCCCCCGCACCAAAGCCUGAUAAAUUUAAGAGUUCUUUCUGUUGUACAGAAUCGAUCGAAGAAAUCAAGUCCAAGUCUAAUUCUCUAGAUUUAGAGACCUCUUGUGUAAAGAACAAUGAGAUCAGGGUGCCCAGUGUGAAAAAGUUGGAAAGGGAAAAAACACUUUCUCCAUUAAAUCAGUUCAGCGAUUCUCCCGCUUUGCCAAAGGCCGACGAGUCCAAGGCGGGUUUGGCGAACUCAAAAUCCGAGGAACUUGCAGCAAACGAAGGCCACGACAGUGUUAAGGAGCAAGAAACGUUCUUAAAGGAAAAGCACGAUUCCUUAAGAACGUGUUUCCCUAUGGAAUCCAGCAUGAACGGCUCCCCGGAGGCUCAGGAUGAGGGUCUGGCAACUUCCAGUGCCUCCAGAGUAGAGGAUGUCGCUGCACCCUCUGACAGUGGCCCGGGUCGGUCGGAAGCGUCACCUGCCAUCAAGACAAGCCCGUCAUAUCCAUUGCCAUCCAAUGGGUUUGAGAGCAUGGAUGUGUCCCAAGAGCAAGAGCCGGAUGAGUCCCGGGUCCAGUCCAGCGAGUGCAACAGCCUGUUCCAGGAAUCGGAAGCUCCGGAGCCGCAGCAGCCGGAGGAAGCUGCCCCUCUCCCUGUUGUGAAUGUAGAUCCCACUAAACCUGUCCUUAAGAAGUUGGAUGAGGAGGUGACUCCGUGUGACAAAACCAAAGAACCUGUUUUUUGCUACAUUUCCGAUGAUGCCACCCCUGGUUUGUACCACUCGGAAGUGGAAAUCGAAGCGGAACCUGCGGAUUUGAAAGUGACAUCCGAGACUUUCCUGGACGUGCAGGUGGAGCCGCAGACGGUGACGUGUGAUUAUGAGAGCGUGGAGGAUUCCCAUUCCAAGUCUGCUGGGGAGGAUGAGCACGGCCAUCCUUCCCAUAGAAUCAGCCUGGCAGUGGAAAGCUUGAGCAGGGAUUCCUCCCAGGAUGGCUGUUCCCAGAAGCUCCAGUCGGAUCAUCCUGUGCUGGAGGAAAGCGUCUCUUCCAAAUGGGACGUGCCCCCACCAGGUGUGUGCCAGGAGCUGCUCCAGCAUUCAGAAGCCGAAGAGAUGCUGGAGUUGGAUGCUCAGCACGUAGAUCUUGGCUCAGCAAAAGGCAAGUCAUCGUUCCAGAAUGAACAUUCCUACUAUUCGGAAGUGCCGCUGGAGCACCGCAGCAGAGAGGUCGUGGAAGAAAGUGCAGUUUCCACCGAGGGAGCUGAGCUGGAUGAGCCGAGGGUUCAGUGUCCUGGUGUAUCGGCUGAGAAGGAUGAGGGAAACGAGCCCUUGGUGGCCUCAGCUUUUCCAGACGCUUUGUAUCCCUCCUCCGAUGUCAUUGUCACUGCAGAGGACACGGAGAUGGUGACCCAAGCCCCGACGUGCGACAGCAGCGGCAACACCUUGGAAUUCAUUCCCGCCGGCCACGAUGAUUAUUCCGACACGGGGGACAGCGACAGCGAGGGGGGCAGCGAGGACAGUGACACGGAGGACUCGGAUUCCGAUGAUGGGACGCCACGGAAGAGGCUCCAGUCGGUUGUGGUGGUUCCCAAGAACUCCACCAUAGCCAUGGAGGAGAGCAGCCCGGGCUCCUCCCGGAGCAACCGGCGCUUCUCCGACCACUGGGAUGAUGAGCGGCCCGAGCCCAGCAGGCCCUACUAUGAGGAGAGGUCAGAAAGCACGGGGAGUAAAGGUGGUCCCCAGGUAGAGAGCAGGUGUUCUCCCAGAGGGAUGGAGAAGAGUCUGGCAACCUCCACGGAGCUGAGCAGGAAGGAGCCGGAGGAGCUGCGGGCGGAUCCGUGCCAGGCGCAGAGCGACGGCGUGGACAGCACGAGCCAGGCGGACCUGACGGCCGAUUGCCACGGCAAAUCCGGCACGGAGGAGAGGAUGGUGCUGCCCGACGUGGUGGCCAUGGGAAGGCCCAUGGGGCGGCCAGAGGAGCAGCCCUUCUGUGUCACGGAGAGUCUGGAAAGCACCGACGCAUCCCGACACCAGAUGGGCUCCUCCAAGCCUGACAGUCGGCAAGGGCAGGGCGGGCUGAACCAGUCCGGCCUCGGAGACUACUCCAGGCUGGAUGGUUUCCGUGCCCCGGAGGAGGUGGGUGCCGUGGGCUGGGAUUUCUCCCAGACAGAGAAGCCCAGCAGCACCUACCAGCAGCCGGACAGCAGUUUUGGGGUGUACUCAGGCUACGUUUACCAGCCAGGCUCGGGAGCCUAUCCCAGCUCCCAGAGCUACUGGCAAGGCAAUGGUUACUGGGAUGCGAGGGCAGGCAGCAGAGCCUCCGUGGUGAACUAUGAACGCAUCCAGGGCCAGGUGCCGGAUUCCCUCACGGAAGACCACGAGGAGUAUGAAGAGGAUGAGCAUUGGGAUGAAGAGUGCAAGCCUCGCUUUCCCAGCCCCUCUGGAAAAUCCCAGAUGCCCGGGCAGAAGGAACAGGGCUCGGUGCAGGCACAUGAAAUCAGCAGCAAUUCCACCAAGGAGCCGGUGCUGGGUGGGGAGAAGAAGGAGGAGGUGAAAACGUCGGAAAAAAACGACGUGAAAGAACGAGGCCCACCAAAAAAAAGGCGGCCGGAGUUAGAGAGCGACUCGGAGAGCGAUGGGGACUCCGGGGAGAAGAGGAAGGGGAAGCUGGAGGGGGAGCAGGUGGAGCCAGCACCACAGGAUUCCUCCAUGGUGGGCAGGUUGUGCAUCAUGGAUGACUUCAGGGACCCCCAGCGCUGGAAGGAGUUUGCCAAGCAGGGGAAGAUGCCCUGUUACUUCGACCUCAUCGAGGAGAACGUCUACUUGACAGAGAGGAAGAAGAACAAAUCCCACCGGGAUAUCAAGCGGAUGCUGUGUGAGUGCCCCCCUCUGUCCAAGGAGGAGCGGGCACAGGGGGAGGUGGCCUGUGGAGAGGAUUGCCUCAAUCGCCUGCUCAUGAUCGAGUGCUCUUCCCGGUGUCCAAAUGGUGAUUACUGCUCCAACCGGCGCUUCCAGAAGAAGCAGCACGCCGAUGUGGAGGUGAUCCUGACUGAGAAGAAGGGCUGGGGGCUCAGAGCUGCCAAGGACCUGCCAUCCAACACUUUUGUCUUGGAAUACUGUGGAGAAGUGCUGGAUCACAAGGAAUUCAAGGCUCGGGUGAAGGAAUAUGCCCGGAACAAGAACAUCCAUUAUUAUUUCAUGGCCCUGAAGAAUGAUGAGAUCAUUGAUGCCACCCAGAAAGGAAACUGCUCCCGCUUCAUGAACCACAGCUGUGAGCCAAACUGUGAGACCCAAAAGUGGACUGUGAAUGGGCAGCUGAGGGUUGGGUUUUUCACCACCAAGCUGGUGCCAUCAGGCUCGGAGCUGACGUUCGAUUACCAAUUCCAGCGAUACGGCAAAGAGGCCCAGAAAUGUUUCUGUGGCUCCUCCAACUGCCGGGGGUACCUGGGAGGGGAGAACAGGGUCAGCAUCCGCGCCGCCGGGGGGAAGAUGAAGAAGGAACGCUCACGGAAAAAGGACUCGGUGGAUGGGGAGCUGGAGGCGCUGCUGGAGAACGGUGAGGGCCUCUCUGAUAAAAACCAGGUGCUGAGCUUGUCCCGCCUCAUGGUCCGCAUCGAAACCCUGGAGCAGAAACUCACCUGCCUCAAACUCAUCCAGAACACGCACUCGCAGUCCUGCCUGAAGUCCUUCCUGGAGUGUCAUGGCUUGUCCCUGCUCUGGAUCUGGAUGACAGAGCUGGGUGAUGGCAGAGGAAGCACUGCCAACAACCUGAAGCUGCAGCUGGAGAUCAUGAAGACCCUGGAGCUGCUGCCCAUCCCUACCAAGAACAUGCUGGAGGAGAGCAAGGUGCUGCCCAUCAUCCAGCGCUGGGCUCAGACCAAGACGGCCGUGCCGCAGCUCAGCGAGGGCGACGGAUACUCCAGCGAGAACACGUCCCGGGCCCACACCCCCCUCAACACCCCCGAGCUCCUGGCCAAGCAGGGCGUGGAGGGUGACACUGACACCCCCAAGAAGUUGGUGUUCCGCAGGCUGAAGAUCAUCAGUGAGAACAGCAUGGACAGCGCCAUCUCGGACACCACCAGCGAGCUGGAAGGGAAGGAGGGCAAGGAGGACCUGGACCAGCUGGAGGCAGCUCCGAUGGAGGUGGCAGAGGAGCAGCAGCAGCAGCAGCAGCAGCAGCAGCAGCAGCAGGACAUCAAAACUGCCGUGGAGGCACCGGUGGAGAGCAGCAAACCCCAGCCUGCAGAGCUGGAGGCCGAGCCCGAGGCAGAGGUCAAGGAGAGCAAUGGAGCGAAGCUGGAGGAGCCCAUGGCCAUGGAAACGCCGUCACAGGAUGAAGAGGAAGGAGUUUCUGAUGUGGAGAGCGAGAGGAGCCAGGAGCAGACGGAUAAAAUCGUGGAUGUCAGUGACUUGGCCACCAGGCUGCUCGACAGCUGGAAGGAGCUCAAGGAGGUUUAUCGCAUCCCCAAGAAGAGCCAAGCAGAAAAGGAAAGCAGUGCUGAUCGUGGGAGAGAGACAGCUGGGCUCCGGGAUCAGACCCCCACUCCCAAGAAUCCCAUCCUGAGCCGAGAGCGGGAUCCAGAGAGGCAGAGCCAGAGCAAGGAGAGGAAGAGAAGGAGAGAUUCCCUGUCCCCUCCCUCCUCAGCCUACGAGAGGGGCACAAAGAGGCCAGAGGACAGGUACGACACCCCAGCAUCUUCCAAGAAGAAAGUCCGGCCCAAGGACCGCAACAAGCUGUCCACGGAGGAGCGCCGGAAGCUCUUCGAGCAGGAGGUGGCCCAAAGGGAAGCCCAGAAACAGCAACAGCAGCUCCAAAACCUGGGAAUGACAUCCCCACUUCCCUACGACUCCAUGGGCUACGGAACAUCCCACCACAGCUUCAUUGGCUACCCACCAGGGUACCCCAUGCAGGCCUACGUGGAUCCCAGCAACCCCAACGCCGGCAAGGUGCUGCUGCCCACGCCCACCAUGGACUCCAUGUGCUCUCCAGCGGGAUAUGAGCAUUCCCAGACUUUGGUGGGGCACACGGUGGAGCCAACCCUGAGCACCCCACAGCCAGUGCCCGUGGUGCAGCACGUGGCCACCACCAUGGAGGUGGCCACGCCGCAGUACGUGGCGCAGAGCGACGCCGUGGUGCACCAGGAGGCCAACGUGGCCACUGUGCUGCCGGUGGCCACGGCCGGGGCGGUGCAGAGCCAGAGUUAUGGGGUGUGGGAUUCCAGCCAGCAGCCCGUGGCUGUCCAGCAGCCCUAUUCCCCAGCCCAGUCCCAACCUGCCAUCUACUACCAGGGCCAGACCUGCCAGACCGUCUAUGGAGUGACCUCGCCCUACUCGCAGACCACCCCGCCCAUCGUCCAGAGCUAUGCCCAGCCAGGUCUCCAGUACAUCCAGGGCCAGCAGAUCUACACAGCUCAUCCUCAAGGAGUCAUCGUGCAGCCCCCCACGGCCGUCACCACCAUCGUGGCAGCUGGGCAGCCCCAGCCCAUCCAGCAGCCAGAGCUGGUGGUCACCAACAACCUCCUGGAUCUGCCUCCGCCUUCUCCUCCCAAACCCAAAACCAUCGUCCUCCCUCCCAACUGGAAAACGGCCCGGGAUCCUGAGGGGAAGAUCUACUACUACCACGUCGUCACCAGACAAACCCAGUGGGAUCCUCCAACCUGGGACAGCCCUGGGGACGACGCCAGCCUGGAGCACGAGGCUGAGAUGGACCUGGGGACCCCCACGUACGACGAGAACCCCAUGAAGUCUUCCAAGAAGCCCAAGACGGCGGAAGCCGACACGUCCAGUGAGCUGGCCAAGAAGAGCAAGGAGGUGUUCAGGAAAGAGAUGUCCCAGUUCAUCGUGCAGUGCCUGAAUCCCUACCGGAAACCCGACUGCAAAGUGGGCAGGAUCACCACCACUGAGGACUUCAAACACCUGGCACGCAAGCUGACCCACGGAGUGAUGAACAAGGAGCUCAAAUACUGCAAGAACCCCGAGGACCUGGAGUGCAACGAGAACGUCAAACACAAAACCAAGGAAUACAUCAAGAAGUACAUGCAGAAAUUCGGGAUCCUCUACAAGCCCAAAGAGGACACGGAGCUGGAAUAGCCCCUGGAAUAACCCCCCGGCCCUCGGGAGCCCCGAUUCCCACCGGGAUUCGCCCUCCCGAGCCACCGACCUGUGAAUUUAUUAUUAUUAUUAUUAAUUAUUAUUAUUAUUAUGACGAUGAUGGAUUUUUUGGGGUUUUUUUUUUUAAGGAAAACAAACUUGGUUCCCGUCGCUGAGGAUGAGCCAGGCUUUCCUAAGCCUGCUUUUCCUGAUCCAGGCUUUCCCAAGCCUGGCUCUCCUGGCGCUGCUCCCAAGCUCUGUAUUAUAUUUUAACGUAUAUGUGAAUAUAUUGAUAAUAAUUUGCUUUUUUUUUUCCCGUUGCUUUCAGCCCCAAACGUGCCAAUCCCACGGGAACGUUUGGCAGGAGACUUUGGGGGUUAUUCCCGGAUUUUAAUUUUUUUUUUGUUUGUUUGUUUUUUUUUCCUUGGUUUUUCCUUUUGGUUCUGCGAGGUUUCCUCCGUUUCCCUGUAAAUACUGCGGAUUUCUGGCCAUGUUGAUAAGAUUGAUUUUACUGCUUCGAGCAUUUUACUUUAUCCAAUUUUUACGGAACUUUUUAUGUAAAAAAAAAAGAGCAAAAAAAGAGAAAUAAAAAAUCAAAAGAAAAAAAAAACAACAACAAAACA